ACACGCUCGGGCGGUUUACCGGAGGUACUCCCAAGCCGCGACUAUAUCAAGAAGUGGGCUGCUGGUUGGCGAAAACGCUUUGGCAUCCGAAGGGCGGCCUUGCCCAUGGCCAUUCCAGCAGAUGCACCGAGCUUGCGGGCAAAGGUGAAAUGCUUCUGGAAGAUGCUGGCGUUUCAGCGUGGUCCAGAGGCUUGUGAUGGUCGUGAGAUUUUGUAUCUCAAUGUGGAUGAAACAAGUGUGCCCUACACUGCACGACCUGCUAUUGGUUGUGUGAUCAACCGCAAGCAGUACAAGGGCUCCGGCCUCCCAGCCGUGCCCCACGCCAAAAUCCAGCCUGCCGGCAG